AUGAGCGACUCCUCUCUCACCAUCACCGGCCACAAGGUCCACAGCACCGGCUACGGCCUAAUGGGUCUCACCUGGCGCGCGAACCCACCGCCUCAGGAGCAAGCCUUCGCUGCGAUGAAAGAAGCACUUAAACACGGUGCCAAUUUCUGGAACGGUGGCGAAAUCUACGGAAACGCUGAUCGCAACAGUCUUCACUUACUGCAGGAAUACUUCACCGAAUUCCCAGAUGACGUUAGUAAGGUCGUCAUCUCGAUCAAGGGUGGCUGCAACCGUGGCGAGCUCGUCCCCAACGGAUCUCCGGAGAACACACGCAGGAGUAUCCAGGAGUGUAUCGAUAUGCUCGGUAAAGCGGGCAAGAAGCUCGAUAUCUGGGAGUCGGCCCGUGUGGAUCCGAAGACGCCCGUUGAGAUCACCAUGCGCACGGCGAAGGAGUUUGUUGACGCCGGUAAGCUAGGCGGCGUCUCCCUCAGCGAGUGCUCGGCGGAGACCAUCCGUCGCGCUUCCAAAGUCCUACCCAUCUCCGCCGUCGAAGUAGAAUUCAGCCUCUGGUCUACGGAGAUCCUCGAUAACGGCGUAGCCUCCACCUGUGCAGAACUAGGGAUCCCAAUAGUGGCCUACUCACCCCUGGGUCGUGGCUUCCUGACCGGCCAAAUAAAGUCCUACGAUGAUCUCGACGAGCACGACCUGCGCAAACAUUACCCGCGCUUUCAGCCGGACGUCUUCGACAAGAACCUGCAACUUGUGAAUGAGAUGCAAAAGCUUGCGCAGCGGAAGGGUUGCACGUCGGGACAGAUUGCCAUUGCGUGGAUCAAGGCGAAGAGCGGGAAGGAAGGGUUGCCAGUGAUCAUUCCUAUUCCUGGCGCGACAACGCCGGAAAGAGUGGCGGAGAAUUGUGCAGAGGUGGAGUUGAGCGCGAACGAUGUGAAGGAGAUUGAUAGUUUGUUAGCGACUGUGCAGAUCGAAGGAGGAAGGUAUCCGGAAGGGCAUUCGAAGUUGAACUUCGGCAACUCGCCGCCGCUGGAGGAGAAGUGA